AUGUCAGAACUUGAACGCCAGCGCCUGUACUAUGAGCUUACCACCCAUCGCCUUCAUCGACUUGGCGAUAAGCCUGGUCGAGAGGGUCUCCCUACCGAGGAGUGCGGAGAAGCGAACGCUUUGCCGUUUGGCGGCCACUUUUCUCCCUUGGCACCGAUGCUAAGGACGCCCAUGAUGGGGCCCAAGUUGGGAAGCCAUUGCAGACAAGCCUGCGGUUCUCGCACUCGGCUCUCCCUGACCGGCAGCCGACCCAGUAUUCAGAAGGCUAGGUCGUUCUGUCAAGGGGCUCGUGGUCGCUCCACACGUAUUGGUCAUCGCACUGCAGGAGCGCCCAAGGUUAUCCCCGCUGCUUGCCAGUUUUCGCCCAGGGACCCCUCUGGCCUGUCGGCGUUUCCUUGUGCCCCAGACGCCCAUCUAAUUGCACAGCAAAAAAGACCGCUAGCUGACGAAAUUCGGUUGAAAGAGCAACCCCCUGACAGUCAGUCGCAUUCAGGCAUGCAGUUGCAGGGCACUGCAUCCUUUGAGAGCAAGACUGACGUUCAGACUGCCCCUUUUCCGUCUAGAGCUGACAUCACCAGGCAGCACCAACUAAGAGCUCUCAUUCAGCCCCCCAUAAGCAGCGAAAAUCCUUCUAUGGUGGGUGUACGGAAUGUACACAUUCCGACUAGUAGUACUGCCUGCAAAGCGCAGACACAUCCAGCCAAGGUUUCCGACGAAGAACCAUUAACAACUGUACCUCGUCCAACAGCAAAAUUCUCCAACACUUCUGGUCUCCAACCUGGUACAGAAGUGGGCCGCAAGCCACCGUUUCUUUCCUUCAUUGAAAACGCGUUUUUGCGUCGCUCGCUUGCUCGUGGAUUGGAAGGCAUUGAGACGAAGCUUCCCACCGGCAUACCCAGUUUGAACACGUUUUCACCCUGUUCCCCGGACAUGGCUGUCGUGAUGAAGUGCUUCAUGGAUCUCCAGAAGGCAAGUGUUCAUUAGCAGCUUGAUGUACUAUAUUUUUAGUCGUCUCUCGGCUUCAGGGAACACUCAUUUAUUAAGAAAAAAUAAUCUCCACCCUGAACAAGAUCAAGCUUAGUACAGGGAAAAUCAUAAAUGUAUUUUUCCACUGCAAGCCGAUUUUAUUGAUUAAAAACGGUGAUGGAGUACCACGUAAACGCUGUAAUGGUGCGGUACAAUGUAAUUACCCUCCCUAUCAGAAAAUGCCUAGGUACAUGAAGAGACAUUUUAUUAUCCGGUCAUGGUGAUGUUAAUCUUAAAUAAAAAAAGAAUACUGAAUGUUCGGGAUUCAUAGAUUUCACGAAAUGUCCGACAAAAGUAGGCAAUAAGGGAUACAUCGUCCGUUGGGAAGGCGACCUACUAUAAGAUUAGAAAAUUGAUGACUGACUAAAAGCUCAUUAAAAUGUUUUCAAACGCAAGCGUCUAAAUGCCGAAUGUUACAUUUUUCCAUUGAAGAAUAAUCCUCCAACUUUUCUCAAACAUUCAACUUUCCUUUUGACCUGAUCUAGGGAUUGUCGGCCAAACCAAGUAGCACAUAUCAACCGAAGCCCACAGCGUCAUCUUAUUUCAGGCCGAAUAAUCAUAAGCGUGAGAUCGAACUACCUUUCGUUCAUCAUGCUACAAAGGCGCCGCCGUCUCGUUUCUGCAGCAUGACAGCUCCAACCGUCGCCGUCAGCAACGCGGCUCCUUCUGGUCGAUAUACUGGGAGACUACCUGCAUCGACAUCGAAGCUUCGACGCGAUCAGACGCCGACCCCUGACAGUCUCCUCACGGAGCUACAGGCUUACGGUCUGCUAAGACCUACCAAAACACCUUUGACCCAGGUCAUGAACAGCAACCGGAGCUGUCCUUACUGGGAACGUGAGGAGCUCCUUGAACGUACGAAACCAACUUCUCGCGCUACUUUUGCUGGCAACGGCAGCAGCGGCUGCUGUCGGGUACAGGCGGGGACUGCCAGUGGCGUCGACCCGCGUUCCUUCUUCCCUCCUGAACAUAGUUUGGAGUCGCACCCUCGAACUGACAUGGUCUUCGAACCUGGCAGGGCAGUUGGUAGAAUCCACAGCCACAAACACUUACCCGAAUGCACAACAGCGCAACCGCCAACAGCACUGGAUCGUCCACUGAAUCUUAACCAGUCGCCUAACAAGAAUCCUCUUUAUCUCCCCCCUUUCGGACAUCCUACUGAGAAUACCAGCCUGAGGAGUCAGUUUGUCAGUCCCACUUGCAUUGCUCGCUUACUGCAGUCGAUGGCGGGCGGUCAAACUCCCCUUCUCGCUACAUCGCACGCUCUCAAUCGCCCUCCAGCAUCCACAGAGACUCCCAGGGAGGACUCGAGUUGCGGGGAUGGUGGUGCCCGCAACAACACUGAAGGCAAUUCUCUAACUGAGAGGCUAAAUCGUCUCGUGACUGCAUGGGACAUCGCUGCGGUUGAUGGUCGACAAAAGAGACUCUAG